AUGUCAUUUAUUAUCAUAAAAGGCAACGAUUUAUUUAAGCUUGUGUUGUAUGCUAGCGAAGUGGAGGUUGUGCUGCACCGUAAUGGGGCAAAAUAUGGUUCGUUUGAGCAGCUUGUGAAUGGCAAUACUUCAAUUUAUAUUAAGGAUCAUAAGAAGACCUCAAAUGUUCCCCACCUGGUGGUGAGUCGACAGAGUUCCUCUCUCUCCGAUACCUCCCUCUCACCCAGUGAAUUUGACCGCAUGAUCAACAUCAACUUUCCGCAAGUCCUGGCUGCUACUGACGAUAUUGGUUUUGAAUCCAUGCGAAGUGAUGCUACAAACAUUACUAGUGCCGGAUUGAAUACGCUUUACCUUCAGGCUAAGUCGACCUCCACACCAUCCCUCCUAGUCGAAGUCUCACUUUCCGAUUCGGCAAAAAAAGUAGUCAAUGAUCUGGAGCGCUGCCUCCAGGACAUUGGACCAGAGUCCGGUAUUGGAAUCUCUCCUGCAGAUCUCGGGGAUUAUGGAUCUGCUGUCAAUCCUAUUCCAACAAGUAGUAACCUUCUUGCACCUCCCCCACUUGUAAGCCGUUUUACUGAGAAUCAGUGCAGUUUAAAUUCUAGUCUAGAAGUUGAGGAGGAUGGUCUUGUGGAGGAGGAAGAUCCCUGUCAAUUAUUAGUAUACACUACUCCAGAAAACCGCGUCGAACGACAACUCUACUCUCUGGAUGGCAAUCGACGUUCUUCCUUUGAAAGUGUUUACUCUCCCCCUCUGGUUUCGGAACAGGUUGUUCACGAGGUGAUUCACCAGGCCACCCCAAAGCCAACUGUCUUGCUCCAAGACGACAAACCUGAAGUACGUCCUGCCAAGGAAAUCUCUCCUCCUCCGAGAAUCCGUCAAAGGGCUGGCGGUGCCACUCCUCCUGCCACGUCAGUGACCACGUCAAUUAGCGAAAUUAUCUCCAGUCCACCUACAGAAACAGCUCAACCUUUCCUUGACAAGAAAGAAAGGGGCCAAAAGGGGGAACGGAGCGAUGAGGAGACGGAGGUUUCUACAACCCGAUCAGCUGCAACACUGGAAAAGAAUUAUGCGUACCAGAUUGGGAACCAAUCAGAACGAAGUGACGCGAAGAAUGAACGCAGUGGUGCUAUUCCAACUGUCGUAACAGUGCCUACUGCUAGUAAUCUGCGUCUGACCACAGAGGAGAAAAUUGUUCCAAAACCUCGUCUUCAAAACACUGCCUCAAGAUCACAACGCAUGGAGGCCGAGGAGGAUUACGAGUGGGCCAAGAAAGUUCAACAGAUUGCCCAGUGGCAAGCAGAUGUUAAUCUGGCGAUGCAAGGAACAAGCAAUGGUGCAUUCAUUAGCUCUCCGGUCGAAGACAUUGCGGAAGAUGAAGUCUCCGAUGUGCAACGACCGAAACCCUUGAGGCGGAAGAAUCUACAACAAGCGUCACUUUAUCAACAACAGCGACAACCAAACAUGGUAACCACAAGGACAUUUCAAUAUCACCCGAAGCCUUUCAAUGGCAAUAAGUUGGAGAGUAUGCAACGCCUCCUACAACCACAACACCAUCAGCAUGACAAACCGUGCGAGAGCGACAGAUGGGGUGACAUGUUCUCGCGACGGCUUGGAGGCCCUCCAAACCAGGUGCACAACCCUCUCUCGAGUCUGAGAUAUUCCCAGCCGGGCAAUCCUGUGCGAGAAAAUGUCACCUACCAGGUGUAUGACUCGGCAGCUCGCAACGGCAGACCCUCACCUCCCACCACGCAAUUUCAGCCGAAAGUCAGUCUGGUGGUGCCCUACCCGAGCGUGGUGAGGGCGAGAUCGCCCAUCCACGGUGGCGAGGUGUCGACUCCGUACGCACGGCCUCAUCUCUCGGGUUAUGCGGAAGCCCUCAGUCUAGCUACUGCUGCCAACAACGCGGUGGCAGAAGCCUUCAACAGGCGUGGUGGCAUCGAUGGUGAGGCGCAUGAAUCAUGCAUGCCAAAAGCCUUAAACAUCCGAUUGAUCUUGCGUGCCUUUGGCAUGUGA